GUUCUUUUAACAUAGUUAAAAAGCUGUCGGACUCUUGCAUACGUUCUGUUUCUCCACAAAUUUCUUAUCUUUUCAUGCUUUCCAAUUGCAAGUCGAAGUUGCGGGCUCAAAUCUUGGAACUCCCGCUCCAUCAUUCUUGCGAAUUCAAAUCAGAGAUACUUCCUCUUCCGCACAGCUCGAAAGCAGAAUAGAUUUCUGUUUUUCAGCACAGUCGCAGAGAAAGAGAAAAUCUGGAAAUGGGUGGUGGUGGAAAAUGUCUUCCCAAUUCCUCUUUUCACACUACAGCCCAUCCUGAGUCGCACCCCAAACCCUCCAUCAUAUCCUGUCCAACUGACACAGAGCACUCGGAUUACUCCCAGUGCGAGUCGUCUCCAUCGUCGCAGAGUGCAUUCGAAACUGAGCGACGCAGCCAGAUUUUCACGGCCCUAAUGGAAACGUAUAGCAGCUCUAAAGCACGUUCGCGCCGCACCUUAGAUGAUGAGAAGCUCGCCAUUCUAAGGCACAAACCUGGUGAUUGGAUCGAGGAAGUUGCUGGUUUGGCUGCGGAGAACUAUGAUAUUCCCGAAACCACAACAUUGCUCCUUAUUGCGCCUCAGUGGUCAGGGAAGAGUAGUCUUGUGAAUAGAAUUACUAUAGUCUUUGAGGAGAAUCCUUCAGGGAUUGAACGAGCUCAAGUGUCAUAUGGCAGAGCACGGGAGGGUACCUGCUUCUUACAGGAAUACCCAAUUCCAAGGAACUCAGGCACACUGUGUGUUUAUGACACUCGGAGCUUGUCAUCAAUACCGCCAGAAAAUUCUGAUUUACUCAUGGAAUGGAUGACCACUGGUGUAGUACAUGGAGAGAUGGUCAUCCAUAUUACAGAUGAUGAUAUGCAAAUAAACAAGAUGAAAAUCCAGGGAAAACAACUUCAUGGUUACUUACCGAAAAAGAGGACAGUAAAUUAUGUCAUUUUAGUUGUUAAUGCAGUGACUGUUUUAAAAUCCUUGGAAAGCAAAGAAAGCCACUAUAUUGACAUGAUUGCUCAAACUUUCAACUCUCCAUAUGUUUCAUUUAGAGGCACAGGAGACUCUGAAGAAUAUUUGGAACAUUAUGCAUGCCCAGGAUCUGUUUGAACUGCUAAUAUUAACAAUCUCCUGCUUUGUGUGCAUCUUCGUUCUGCUGCGGAUCACAUUCCUCAAAUGGAAAGAAGGAUGAAGAAUGGAUUGGAUCCCUGUAAGUAUUAUUUUGUGAAUUAUGCAUUUUUAGUGGUUUUUUUUCGUCUGUUUAGUGCCUCUAUUAGUCUUUUUGUGCUCGUUAAAAGGUGCAAAUUAUGCAUGGUGAAGCCUUGUGCAGGUUUGAUUCUGAAGUUCCUUCUGUAAAUCUGAUUAUGUAGUCAUAACCUAGAAUCUGUAAGUUUUUAUACUUUUGCCAUCCUUUUUUAUCAGUAUUUCAAUGUGUGAUAUGGUCAAAAUU